AUGGACCGCCUCCCGCGGGAGCUGAUUGAUGCCAUCCUGCAGCAAUGCAUCGCCCAAGGACAGAAGAACACCGUCAUCAACUUACGCCUAGUAUGUCGUUUGUUUGACAGAAUCUUGAAGCCAUCCGUCUGCUGUACUCUUGGGCUUGACUUCUCCCGUAUGAGCAGAUCAAGCCACCUGCGUCGACCUGAUCCAGAUGCCCUUCAGACCAUAGGCUAUCACUGCAAGAGCCUCUUCAUUGAUCUCAUGGUCCUCCGAGAUGAAAUGGAGGUGGAAUUCCUUGAUACCGUCUUUGCCCGCAUACCAUCCAUGACAGAAUUCUGCCAAACCAUGCACAAAAAGUACUGCAUGAACGAAAGUUCCUUUACCGAAAUUGAAUACUUCAACAUGGUCGAGACAAUGCUCUUUUACUGUCGUGACGUUGAUAGUCUCCGCCUCAAUCUUCCAUUCCAGCUCGUGGGACGACAUUGCAACGCAGCCACCAUGAUUCUCGCCAAUACCCUUAAGGCCUUUGCGUCUCGGCCGGAGGAGGACUCUGCCAACCUCAAGACGCUGGUGCUGGAAAACGUCACCGAUGUCGCCAUCUGUCAUCUCUGGAUGAAUCCAAGUGAUGUCAUGAAUAUUAUGGCCGUGCUCGCCGUCUUGGAACACCUCGUCCUGACUCUACGCAGACACGAUGUUGAACCUCAUCGCGCGGGUCUCUUUGGGUCUUGCCUCUGGGAUCUGAUUGAGCACGCCGACUUUCUCAAGUCGCUCUGCCUCGUGGGGAUGGACCACGACGACAGGCCGCCGCGGGGGCUGAAGCAAACCAAGUUUUGGCAACUGCAAGUCGAAGACUGGCGCGCACGCUCCCUGCCUGCGCCGCGGGUCUACUUGUCCAACUUGACCAGCCUCGAGCUGAAGCGAAUCGAAGUUCUGCCAGAGUGCUUCCUCAAGUCCAUGGAAAUCUUUGGCGAGACCCUGGAAGAGCUCUACCUAAACGAAGUGUACCUAAAGACGGAACAGUCACGGGACUGGAACCAGGACUCGCGAAAGGUGCUCUGGAUCGGCGUGCCCAACCAACGGCCGGCCGAGGACUGCAAGUGGAUGGCCAUGACGCUGCGGGCCACGACUCCGAGGUUGCGAAUUUGCCGGGCAUCGUUUCUUGCCUACGAUCACUACCUCCGGGAAGACAUGUCCACCCAGCCACAGCCCGAUUUUGACCUCAUUGAUCCGUGCGGUCUGGGCCGCAGCGUCUCGCAACGAUUUGUCGAGGUCGUCAUGGGCAUUCAUCAGCCCAACAUGCCGUCGGGAGAGCCCGUCGAGUUCCUCCCACAGGAUGCCAAGCACGACAUGCUUGUACACCAAUUGAAGCCUCGGACGCGGCCCCUACGUGUUGACGAAUACGACACCAAUGCUCACCAAACUGCGAUAGACAAUACCACGUCGGAAUGGCAAAAGAGCAUUGAUGGCAUCUUUCUCAACUGCAAUUCAGGCACUCUCGACGAACUGCACUAUAUUGCCGAAAGGGCCUGUCAGGGAAUGAACGAGAUUCACAGGAGAAGAAGUGAGUGGACGGCCGGCAAUAGCAUGGCCAACGAGUACGCGGACAACCUGUUUAAUAUUCCGUCAAUGGACGACACGCAGCAAGAUCCUGCGUAA